AUGUCCAAAGUAUCCAUUGCCUUAAGCCUUCUUGCAGUGUUAUAUAUUAUCAUUCUUAAUGAUUUAUUAGCCCAAGUUUGCUAUAGCAGUUUUCCUUAAAUUUACAAUAAUGUAGAAACUUAAAAAACACUGAUCUUUACUAAGUAUGAUAAACGCACAAAUAAUGGUUAUUACUUUUUUGUCUCAACAAAUUAAGAACUGUAUGUUAUUGUUCUUUCAUUUGGUGGUAGAGAAACAUAUUCUUUGCAAAUUUAAAAUUGCUUAGGCAUUCAGCUCAGAUUGGUACAGUCUUGGAAGACCCUCAGCUAGGGUAAUUGA